GACUUGUCUCGCUCUCACGGUUCGGUGUGUUUUUGCAUGUGUGUGGAUUAAAAUUUAUUGUAAGCUCUUGUUGUUAUUACGUACGUACGUUGAUCAAAUUACUACCUACGACGACGGCAUGUACAAAAAACACGAGCAAAAUGUGCAUGACUUUGAAGCAAAAUAGAACACAGUGGUUGCAUGACCAUAUCGUGAUUGAAUCCUCCAAAGAAGCAGUGAUGGUGGUGAUGUUUCAAAGUCCAGCACAAUAUCUGUACACUUUGCCCGGUCCAUAAUUUCACAACUCGCCACAAAGAUUUAGUUUAGUUUAUUUGGUUAGCUCGUCAGAAGGAUUAGUUUUCUCGUCACUCUUGCACUUGGCCUGGCGAAGUUGGACUUGAGCUGCUCGUCUCAGUGUGAUAAGCUCUAAUCUGCAUGGAAUUACUAACAAGCUCAAGUGAUACACUCCUCUCUACGAAUUGACAACUUGUUGAACCGGUGUUUCACCCAACCAACUCUUCCGUUUAUGGCAUGCUGUGCAAAGAGCAAGUGCAUUAUCGUCCAUUUAAUAUCUUAAUAUCGGUGAUUAGCUGGUGGUGGGGUGGAAUUUAGAGAUCGUUCCAGUGCAUCGCCUCGCGUGCUCAAGUCCUAUUGUCAUUCCGUUCUGUGUGCUGGUGCUCACAUAAGUCUUUAAUUGACCACUCACUCUGGACUUUGUUUGGCAAGUUUAUAUUUGCAUAGUUUUCGCAGUAGUUGCCCUAAAGUCUGGACCUGGACAGAGUAAACAGAUUCUGUGGAUUUCAGUUGACUGGUUUCAAUUCGGAUUCAUUAAACAAGACGGCUUUUUGGCUUUUCUUGUAAAAAGUCCAUCACAAUGAUGCAACUGCCCUUUAUAAUUUCUGCGACGUUUUUCGUCAUCUUUGCUGUUCCCACGCUGACCUUGUUCCUUCUCGGGAUAUUCCACAAACUUUUUGGAGUGAGGGAAAAGUACAAAGAACUGCUUCUCUUCAUCUUCGAAAGGGGACGGCAACGCAUUGAAAAAAACACGCUGAGCCGUCGCCAAUCCCAGAUGAAUUUGCUGGAUGAAGUCGAUCUCGAAGACGAUGACGAUGGCAUCAUUACGCCAAUGUACAACGAGAGGGAAGGUCCAAGUCCUGAUUUCGAAUUGUCAGACACUUUUGAGCUUGUUACAGCCGGGAUUCAGGCAAUUGUGCAGGACCAGGUCACACACAGAUUCGAAGCAGAAGAGCUCCAGUCAUGGAACCUUUUGACCAGAACAAAUCACGGCUAUGAGUGGAUCUCUGUAAAGCUCACGCUGUUGUGGGUCGCUGGUUUUUAUAUCCGCUACCUGAUUCUACUCCCACUUCGCGUAGUAAUUCUUAUCCUGGGCUCGGUGACUAUGACUUUUCUCACCGGUCUUGUUGGACCUAUUCCUGGAAGCUGGAAAAUCAAACCUCUCCUCAACGAUUGGGCCUGCAGAGUUUCCUUUCGCAUCUUUAGUCGUGCUUUUUCUGCCAUCAUCACAUAUCACGACGAACAGUUUAAACCCAAUCGAAAUGGGAUCACCGUCGCAAACCACACUUCGCCAAUAGACGUCGUCAUCCUUUCGUGCAAUUCUAGUUUUUCCCUUAUUGGCCAAAGUCAUGGAGGCUUCUUGGGCGUUAUGCAAAGGGCUUUGGCAAGAGCCUCAUCACAUAUUUGGUUCAAUAGGUCAGAAAUGAAAGAUCGAAAAGCCGUUGCAAGAAGAUUAAAACUUCAUGCGCAGGAUCCCACAAAACCACCAAUCCUCAUCUUCCCAGAGGGCACUUGUAUCAACAACUCUGCAGUGAUGCAGUUUAAGAAAGGAUCAUUCGAGGUUGAUUCCGUCAUCUACCCGAUUGCAAUCAAGUACGAUCCCAGGUUCGGCGAUGCAUUCUGGAACAGUGCAAAGCAUGGGAUGUUGCACUACGUGUACAGAAUGAUGACAUCUUGGGCUAUCGUUUGCGACGUGUGGUAUUUGCCCCCAAUGUACCGCAAACCAGAGGAGUCUGCCGUUGACUUUGCAAACCGUGUCAAAGCUGAAAUAGCCCAGAAGGGUGGCCUUAUAGAUUUGGACUGGGAUGGUGGACUCAAACGUUCUCCUGCAAAGAAGGAGUGGAAAGAAAAGCAACAAUUAGAACUCGCGACAAAGAUCAUUUCCAACAACAACUCCUUUUCCAGAAAGAACAGCUCCAGCACUCUCAUUUCCGGCUCUGAAUUUUCCGAGGACGAGCAUGGCAACCUCGUCUCAUCCCCAACUCCACCACCCAUUCCACCAGCGAGCCCCACCGAGAAGCGGAUUCCAGAACAGAGUGAAGAAUGCGAGGAGGAGGACGAGGAUGAGUUCAUCAUGAUGACGAGUCCAGUCCCUCUGGAAGUGAAAAAGGAAGAGUAAAUGCUUUACUUACUCCAUAUACGAUUGAACAAAUUUUGCAAGUUCAAAUUGUACUGUUGACAGCACCAAAUACACGCCCCAACACAGUUCCUCGUAAAAAUCAUUAUUUUUUAUAAUAAUAGAAAGCGAUACAUACUUAUUUGUUGUUACACAUAUUUGAGACUGAUUUGUGCCACUAGAUACUUAUGAUUUUAAUACUGUUUGUAUCAUGGCUCAUACAAUUGUGCUAUUAAUCAUAUCACAAGUUAUGCAUGGUUUCACACGAAAUGUGAAUUUUGUUGUCGGCAAAGUCUUAAUUUCAAUUGGUUCGAAACAAUAACCAUACAAAAUUCAUUAAUGCAUAUUAUUAUGUUGGUAUACUGCCCGUUUGUUUGUUAACUGAUACGAAAUUGCACAAAUAAUCUAUGAAGAAAUAAAUGCAAGCUUAUAAUAAUUACGUA